GCCAAUUUUUUGAAUUUUUGAAAUGGCGCAGCUUUCAAUGAAAGCAGUGGAAGAGCUCUAUAGCAACUUAAUCAUACUGCAGUUUUGGAAGGAUAAGCCUCAGACUUCUUUGAUAGAAUAUGUUGACUGCUGUAGGAGAGAAGUGAGAAAAGAUAAGAGUGCUCUCUUUUUAGAAAUAUUACAGUUUCUUAUACGAUUAAAUGCGAAUUCGAAGGAGUUGAGAUCCAAAGGGCUAACUAGACUUCCUUGUUCGCCAAUAGAGCACAGAGAAUUCAUUCAAAAUACUCUUGAAUUUUUUUCGACGACAUUUCCAGAGUUGCAUCUUUCAAAGUCCAGCUUUACUGGAAAUAAAUUUUUAGAAACUCUUCGAGUCAUUUCCAUUAGGACACUAGCCAAUCUUUGCAAACAGCGAGAUGUAUGUUUUGAACAUGCUGGUAGCAAAUACAACGAAGAAAUUCGCUUACGAUCAUUGAAGCUUCUCAUUGCCAAUGAAGUGAGAAAACAUCAGUUGUUGAAAACGGCUUCCCAGCAAAGAAGAAAACAACUUUUAAAGUUAAUGCGGAAUAUCCGCGAAUAUCUUGAAUCCAUAAUUGUUCAGUAUGAUAACAUGAAGGCUAGUGAUGGAAUGUGUUCUGAACUGGAAUUUUUUGUAAGAGAGAAUGAACAAGUAGUGCAUCUUAUGUUGACCUGGAUCGCGAAGCUUACAGAGACACUUUCUAAUGUCUCGACAUCCCAUUGCACAUUUCUUGACUCGCCCUUGCCAUUGAAAUCUGCAAACCUCAAGCGUUAUCAGACAUGGGUUGAUAGGAACGUUUUUCGUUUGAUAUCAUGUGGAGAGGAGAUUGCCCAAGACACGUUCUCGGAAAGUGCGUCGAUCUCUCCAAGGGAUCAAGAAGCAAGUGCUAUAGAGAGUGCAAUUUAUAAUUUUAUACGAAAGACAGAGUCUAUUUUGUCUGAAUCUUCUUAACAAUGAUAUGAAAUACCAAGCGUAAGAAUUUGAUGCUCGUAUAGAAUACCAAUGUCGCUAUAUCAGAUUAGUCAAGUAUACAAAUAGUUCAAUGUCGCCUCCUUUAUUUAAAACAUUGUGUUAGCAAUCAGACAUGCCAAAGUCUGCAAACACGUAGUUAGA